AGAGAGUUGUUUACAAACAAGAGAGUGUCAGAAAGAAACUGCAAGCGUUGCCAAAAAUUAGCAAAUGUAGCUCAUCGUUAUUUUCUCAAGAGUAUGGAGGCUCACAACAGCAGUCUUUAGCGAAUAUUAAUUAUACUCUCGAAUGGUAUUUUCAGUGUGUCUGUGGGGGCAGUGAGAUAAAGCUGAGCAGGUGCACUGUCCAAGUUACACAGAGGUGUUGGCUGUGGGCAGUCAGCAGGACACAUGGCAGAGGAAGGCAACAAGCUGACACUGAGGCGCCUGGAGGCACCAAUCCACAAGUUCAUCAAAGUGGCUCUACCCACGGACCUGGAGAGGCUGCAGAAACACCACAAUAACAUACUGAAGUACCAGCAUAAUCAGCAAUGGGACCGCCUUCAUCAGGAGCAAAUCAACGCCAGCAGAACGGUUCAGCAGUUGCGAGCAAACAUCAGAGAGAUGGAGAAGCUGUGCACUCGGGUCCGCGCUGAAGACACUGCCGCUCUGGAAGCACUUGUCAAGCCAGUCAGAGACAGGGCGUCCGCUGCCGCCCGAGACUUCCUGCUUUUGCACUCGAACUUGGCGCCUCAGCCACCACUAGCCGCCGCUCAGCCAUCCAGCUGCGUGUCCAGCAGUUCCCACGCUGAUGACAACAUGGACAAGGAGCCGGUAUCUGGCAGCCAAAUGCAGCUCCGGCUUCCAGAAAUCCCUGCUGAUCAGAGUGCAGCUGAGUCCUGGGACAACCUGGAAGAGGAUCUGAAGGAGCUGAGUGGUUUGGUGACGGAGUUCUCGCUGCUUGUCCAUUCCCAGCAGGAGAAGAUUGACAGCAUAGAGGACAACGUCAACACAGCCGCCGCCAACGUGGAGGAGGGGACCAAGAGCCUGGGGAAGGCGGUGGGCUACAAGUUGGCGGUGUUGCCGGUUGCUGGGGCGCUGCUGGGCGGUGUAUUAGGAGGUCCGCUUGGCCUGCUGGCCGGGUUCAAAGCUGCAGGGGUGGCUGCUGCUCUGGGAGGGGGCGCCCUGGGGUUUGCGGGGGGAAACCUGGUCCAGAAACACCGCAAAGCCAGAGUGGAUAUCCAGAUGAAACAACUGACAGCUCCACCAGCACCAGAACCACCAGCCGACCCAGAGUCAAGCAAGGACAAAUGACCCAACGGUUCUGGUUAGUCCUCUGACCCCAGGUGCUGCCGAAUCACUGAGGCGUCAGUGUUGACUGACUAAUCGGAAAGAAGUACAAACUACACCCUCGGCGGUGCUGACAUUGCCUUGAAGAGACUCAAUAUAUAAGCUUUGCUGUUAGCAAGCACUGCUGUGAAGCAAUUACGUAACAACAGCCUUACUUUGAUGUUGGGGUGUUUCUGUGAGGCCAUUCAUUUUAUACACAAAUGAUCUUUUUAUUCUGAACACAGCUAAGCAGUCAUUUACACUGCAGCUUUUACGCAGUGUGCGGUCAGGUCUGACAUGGCUGUGAGCACAUCUUGUUACUAAGACAAAUCUAUGGCACCAUAUAAUUUAAGUCAAUAUAACAGACCCAAACAUUCUGUCAAAUGCUAACACUGACACUGUUGUAUGCCUCAAGCUAGCAUCUGUUUUUCACAUUAAUCCUUUUCGAAGUUAUCUAGUGAUAAUAUCUCAAUGUUCAUUUAUGUAGAAAAUAAUGUCCUGACAUGAACUGGUGAGACUACAAGAAUGAUGUAUGGAGAAAACAUCACUGUGGUAAUAAUGUAAAUGCAAGUCAUCCUGUUUCUAUGUUUAUAUAUGUUAUACUGUAUAAAAUAGACUUGUUUUUGCAAAGUAUGAGAGCAAAAUUGCACAUAAAAAGCGCCAAAGUGCCACUGUCCGCAUCACUUCAGGGACAGGAGUGUAAGAACCUGCCAUGUAUUGAUUACACUGCUGCUGGUCUUCUGACAAUAAAGUGUUUCUUUUAAACA